CAAGUUAUCCACCUCUCGAGCAGCGCUCUGCUCGAGAUCGCCGAGCGCCGGCGUGCCUUUGAGGUCGAGGUGGAGCGUGACGUUCUCGGUCCGUUGCGCCAGCUCGCUGAUGACACCUGCCCUGCUGUACAGAAGUCGCGUCGCAGCCUGUCGAAGGCUUGCACUGAUCUGCGAACCGCUCGAGAAAAGGUGGCUAAUCUAAAAAGCAUUGCCGCUUCGCAGGUUAAUGUUGGCUUAAUCCAAUCAGCUGGAACCUCUUACGCCAGUAGUGCCAUUAACACAGUUUCGGGUUCCUCAUCUGCAACGGCGUCUUCUCUCUAUUCAUAUUCAGCUUCCUCUCUGCUCACUGGUGCUGCAGCCUCCAUAGCCCCUGCAUCAAACGAUCCGUUAAUGCGUUUGUCUCAAGCACAGACCCAAGCAGAGGAUCUUGAACGAGAAGCUGAUGCAACAAAGGCAACUCUCGCAAACCUAUCCAGUUUAGUCCGCCUUUUUCAGGCCAUAUUUUCAUAUUGA